CGGACAUUAUAGCAUUUUAUAAACUGUCAAGCAUAUAUUUUUAGUAUUCUUUCUUGUGUAGUAUGCGACACGGCAACCCGUUAUUUCUUUUUGCCGGUCAAUUAUGCUGCUGUUUCUGCAUUACAUCCGCCACGAUCCGUUAUGAUGGAAGUUACAUAACUUAUGGAACGGGCGACACCAUAGUCUCCACAUCUCACAAUCACCGCGGCACCCGUGAGCCGCAUCGGAAAUGGAAUGUCGAAUGCCUUGACGGAGAAGCCAUGGUGGGAAUACACUGCUUAAUAAGAAAUUUUACCACCGCCUAUCAUUGCUACGAUCCCAGAGAGCCUGGUGUUAGCCAAAACACUUUUAUUACCGGUUUUUGGUCGUCCCAUUACUCACCUUACAUUGGACCCCCAAACGAUAAUUUCGUCAAAUGCUGCCUGACACCCAGGGGAUACUAUAUCGAUUACGCGUCGUGCUACUAUUUUCCCACGCAUGAUCAGUAUUGGGAGUAUUACGACUCCCUCUUCAAUUUCAUCGUCAUGUGCUCUCAGGGAUACGUGGCAACGGGACUGGCCUGCAAACUGGACCCUAUUGGUGGAGACUACCAUAUUGACUGGAUUCAGUGCUGCCGAUUGGGGUAUGGUGCGCCUUCGGCUGCUUCGCCUCCGUUGGUCAGCAGUUACAGUGGACAUCCCGUCUAUGUUGCCCGUGAGCCACAUCAGCCUCUUCCCAUCCCGGACAAUUACCACGCUCAAUACAAAAUCACCUCGGGUGAUGGUGAUUUUUAUUCCGAUGCAAAAAAUCCGGCGUCUGCCCGUGGCCUCGUACGACAAUGGUUUCGUAAUCUGCCCGCUUUGAACGAUUCGUUGGAAAAUGUGCAACACACAAAAAGACCGAGGUUGGCCUGAUUGCCCUUAUUACUGGAAUCAUAACCUCACUGUGUAGCAUGGUGUUUUAUGGUUAUCGUUAGCCACUCGGAUGCCGUUUGCGCUGAUACGCUUGAAGUUAGUUUUUUUCU